ACCAGUGGAGUGCUAGUGGUGCCGCCCGGCGGUCCCUCACAGGAGGCCAGUGGAGGGAUUGGCAGAGAGGGAUGGAGGACACUGAGUGGAGGCCAGUGGAGGGAUUGGCAGGGAGCGGUGGAUGACACCGAGUGGAGGCCAGUGGAGGGAUUGGCAGAGAGGGGUGGAGGACACCAGUGGAGGCCAGUGGAGGGAUUGGCAGUGAGGGAUGGAGGACACCGAGUGGAGGCCAGUGGAGGGAUUGGCAGAGAGGGAUGGAGGACACCGAGUGGAGGCCAGUGGAGGGAUUGGCAGAGGGGGUGGAGGACACCGAGUGGAGGCCAGUGGAGGGAUUGGCAGAGAGGGUGGAGGACACCGAGUGGAGGCCAGUGGAGGGAUUGGCAGAGAGGGAUGGAGGACACCGAGUGGAGGCCAGUGGAGGGAGUGGCAGAGAGGGAUGGAGGACACCGAGUGGAGGCCAGUGGAGGGAUUGGCAGAGAGGGAUGGAGGACACCGAGUGGAGGCCAGUGGAGGGAUUGGCAGAGAGGGGUGGAGGACACCGAGUGGAGGCCAGUGGAGGGAUUGGCAGAGAGGGGUGGAGGACACCGAAUGGAGGCCAGUGGAGGGAUUGGCAGAGAGGGAUGGCAGAUACAGAAUGGAAGGAAGGGAGGGGUGGAAGGAAGGAAGGAAGAGAAGGAAAUGGAAGGAAGAAAGGGA